CAGGCACCCGACUUCAUAUCUUUAUGCAAUCAAGAUCUGUCUUACCAGUACUCAGCGCAGUGAGAGACACAUGCGUAAAUUUGUGUUUUCCAAACUUUCUCACUUUUAAAUGGAAGAUCUAUAUAUUUAAGGGUAGUACUUACUCUUAGGAUCGUUGUUCAUUUCCCUUUCACUUAUUUGUAAAGCUUCUUAUCGGGUAAGUGAAAUGGCAAGAGGGCUGGGUCGGCUGUUUGUUCUUCCCUUCAACUCAGCUGGUCCAUUCUCCAGUUGUCUUCUACGUAGAAACUUCCACAGCUUAGGAAAUACAGGAAGACUUUUUAUUCGGACCUGUUUAAGUGAUGUCCCCAGAAACACAUGCAUAGCAAGAACCAAAACAUUGUGCCUUAAGCAAGGCAAUUCAGGUUGCCUCAGUGUGUCAAACAUUCUGCUUGGGACACAUUGCCGAUUCUGCCACGUGUGGAGGAACGAUCACAGAUCAAUUGCUAAAAUCUCCUCCUGGGCAUCCCCAGCAAGCAGGACACUCCCUGGUGGAGGUUUCAAGUUUGCCUCCCCUGGAUUCGUAAGGGCUGCAAAUGGUUCGUUGCUGAGGUGCUGUUUGAUUUCCAGCGGGCAGAGGGAGGCCUGGCAGCAUCGGAACAAGUCUGUGAUGUUCUAUGGGGUGGCAUUGGUCAUACUGGUGAUAGGGUUCUCAUACGCGGCUGUGCCCCUCUACACUGUGUUUUGUCAGGCCACGGGACUCGGAGGUCAAGCCACCAAAGGUCACAACAUUGACCUGGUGGAGGACAUGUUGCCAGUACGCGGUCGGCCCAUCUCUGUCCGCUUCAACGCUGACACGGCCGCCAGCAUGCGCUGGAACUUUAGGCCUCAGCAGCUAGAAAUCAAGGUCGUGCCCGGAGAGACAGCGUUGGCUUUCUACUCUGCCCUCAACCCCACUGACAAGCCCAUCACGGGCAUCUCCACCUACAAUGUGGUGCCAUUUGAGGCUGGCCAGUACUUCAACAAGAUCCAGUGCUUCUGCUUCGAGGAGCAGAGGCUCAAUCCUCGCGAACAGGUUGACAUGCCAGUGUUUUUCUACAUCGAUCCGGAGUUUGCCGAGGACCCCAAGAUGGCCAAAGUAGACACCAUCACCCUCUCGUACACAUUCUUUGAGGCCAAGGAGGGACUGGUCUUGCCAGAUCCAUUCACUAAACCCGUAGAAGCGAAGGCGUGAAAAAAAAGAAAAAUAAAACCCCUGCAUCCACAUUUUCUUUACUAGGUUCAUGUGCACUUUCGGUGCUGACGUUUGGAUGGCAGGGAAAGCGAAGUUGUUUUCAGGCAAACAUGUCACUUUUCUGUCAUCUGGACAACCUUAUGUAUAGGAGACCAGCCCAUAAUGUUGUGGCUAAGUUUUGUAGGUUUUGGUCAGGGUAAAAAGACUUGGUGAAAUUGCAACUAACUAAAGUACGAACAUGCAUGUUUAUCUUAAACUACAAUUUAGUAAUACGUAAUGUACAUAUUUUUGUUACGGAAACAUUCGAGUUAAGUGUUUUUCAUGUAGUCAUUAAGAAGUAUUUUAAAGCCACAAGAAGCCUAAAAUCAUAAUUGUACAUGUCGCUGAAUCAUGUUGAUUUAGCUGCACUUGUUCCAUUGAAUUGUAUUUCCGCAUAGGAAAUUCUAUAAAAGUGAAUUCCAGGCAGACUUGCGCAAUAAAAGUACUUCAUAAUCUUGUA